GAGAGAGAGAGAGAGAGAGAGAGAGAGAGAGACAGACUGGCUUGCCCUUCAUCUGUCUGCUCAAGGCGGAGCUGAAGUUACCGAGAGCUGCGGCGGGAGCUCGACACAAUCCGCGAGGCAAUAAUCAUCAACACCGGGAGAAACGCGCUCAUUUACCUCCUCAGAUCCCGUCCGGCGAUUACUUUACAUAUCGUUACCCAGCGACCCACACUGCGACGUUUUCAUACAGGCCUCUUUCUCUCUGGAUAAGACUCAAUGUCGCUCCCGUACGGCCGCUUGAAUCGACCGAUGGGCUCGACGUCUCCCGCCGCAGAUCCACUUUAUUUCAACGACACCAUUGCAGUUGUUAUGGAGUUAUAGAAAGAAUCAGCUAAAGCCGGGAAAUGUUGGAGAUGUCGUUAGCUCGUGAAGCUAAGCAUCGACUCAAGCGGACUGACAAGAGCAGAACUGACCCAUAUUGAAAUACUGCACGUCCAUCUGGACCAGAACCAAAUAGAUAUCAGAUAAUUCUGUUUUUAUAAACGCAGAUAAUAACUAAUACGUGAUCGUCGCGGGCAUUUUGAAAUCUUCGAAGUCUGAAGUAUUGUGAAGAAGAUAUGCGAGACAGCGGAUCGCAUACAGUAACGCACGAAGUGUAAUUGCUUAAACUCCGAUUCGACACUGAGAAAAUGGAUUUUUGACCAGAAUAUAUAUAAAAACAACUGAUCCUAAAAGGAUGCAUUGCCUUCAAACAUACAUCAGCGCGUCUCGUUUCGGACUAAUCCCAUCGAGUACAUGAGCUUGAACUUCAGUUGAUACGGGAGUCUACGAGGAAAAUCUGCGGGAAGUUUUUUUGGAAUCGUUUGGAGCUGAACUCAUCCAGAACCGGGAUCAGGAUGAAAGUACUGGUGCUGAACCGAGUAUCAGUCCUCUCACUUGGGCUGUGCUCAAUGCUUCUCCUCAGUGCUGUGGCUGCUGCUCAGAGUGAGGAGAGCGUUCGGGAGUGUGCGUUUAAUGACCAGCACAAGCAGGUGGAUGAACAGAGUGUUGCUGGUGACUGGCACAUCACCAGAGAAAAUAACACCAUCCUGUGCGGCAAGAGCAGCCGCUGCUACGGCCUGUGGGAGAAAACACAUGACGGAGAGAUCCGCCUCGUCAAACAAGGCUGUUGGACUUACAUUGGCGACCAGCAGGACUGCCAUGACGACCGUUGCGUGGUUACUACCACGCCGUCGCAGAUCCAGAACGGCACCUACAGAUUCUGCUGCUGCAGCACAAACAUGUGCAAUGUCAACUUUACAGAGAACUGGGUGCCGAGCCCCACCAGCACCACCACCCAAGAUCAACGGCCUCUACACAGAGAUGAGGCCAUCUUCAUUGCCUUGGCGUCUGUUUCCAUAGUAGCAGUCCUGAUUGUGGCGAUUUUCUUUGGCUAUCGCAUGAUGAUAGGUGAGUGUAAACCGGGUCUGCACAAUAUGGAUAUGAUAGAGGCAGCACCAUCAGAACCCUCUUUGGAUUUAGACAGUUUAAAGCUCUUAGAGCUGAUUGGACGAGGACGAUACGGUUCUGUCUAUAAAGGCUCGCUUGACGAACGUCCUGUUGCGGUAAAAGUCUUUACAUACGCCAACCGGCAGAACUUCGUGAACGAACGGUCCAUCUAUCGAACCCCUCUCCUGGAGCAUGAAAACAUUGCUAGAUUUAUUGUCGGCGAUGAACGUCUCACGGCAGAUGGCCGGAUGGAGUACCUGCUGGUCAUGGAGUACUACCCUCACGGUUCUUUGUGCCGAUAUCUGAGUCUGAAUACAUUGGAUUGGGUGAGCUCCUGUCGUGUGGCGCAUUCGCUCACGAGAGGACUGGCAUACCUGCAUACUGAGCUCCUGAGGGAAGAUUUAUAUAAACCUGCCGUGUCACACCGGGAUCUGAACAGUCGCAAUGUUCUGGUGAAGAACGAUGGAACGUGUGUGAUCAGUGAUUUUGGCCUGUCCAUGAAGCUGACUGGAAAUCGUCUCGUACGGCCUGGUGAAGAAGAGAACACUGCCAUCAGUGAGGUGGGCACUAUCCGCUACAUGGCCCCAGAAGUGCUGGAGGGAGCGGUGAACCUCCGGGACUGCGAGUCGGCUUUGAAACAGGUGGACAUGUACGCCAUCGGACUCAUCUACUGGGAGACCUUCAUGCGAUGCACUGACCUUUUUCCAGGGGAAACAGUGCCAGAGUACCAGAUGGCUUUCCAGACCGAGGCUGGGAAUCACCCGUCCUUUGAGGACAUGCAGGUGUUGGUGUCCAGAGAGAAACAGAGGCCGAAGUUCCCAGAGGCCUGGAAGGAGAACAGUCUGGCUGUGCGCUCUCUGAAGGAGACUAUGGAGGACUGUUGGGAUCAGGAUGCAGAGGCUCGUCUGACCGCGCAGUGUGCAGAAGAGCGUAUUGCAGAACUGCUGCUGAUCUGGGAGCGAAACAAACCCGUCAGUCCAACCAUCAAUCCCAUGAGCACUGCACUGCAGAACGAGAGAAACCUCACCCACAGUCGCCGAGCUCCCAAAAUGGGUUCUUAUUCAGAUUACUCUUCAUCCUCAUACAUCGAGGAUCACGAGGGCAUGGUGAAGAACCCACCAGGCGAUGUCUCUACAUCUGGCACCUCCUCUGUGGGUGGAUCGGGUGUGAGUGGAAUCAGCAGUGGCGUUCCGGUCCCAGGAGAGAAGAACAGAAACUCUAUAAACUAUGAGAGGCAGCAGGCUCAGGCCCAAGCUCGGCUGCCCAGCCCAGAAACCAGCGGUGCGAGUCUGUCCACCACGACCACCACGACAGGCCUCACGCCAAGCACGAUCAUGACCACCAUCUCCGAAUCAGGCCACUCUGAGGACACAGGAGCUGGGGGAAUUGUACCAGUGUGCCUUCAGCUCACAGAGGAAGACCUGGAGACCACCAAACUGGACCCCAAGGAGGUAGACAAGAACCUGAAAGAAAGCUCAGAUGAGAACCUGAUGGAGCAUUCGCAGAAGCAGUUCAGUGCUCCUGAUCCGCUCAGUUCGGGCAGUUCCAGCCUUUUGUACCCAUUGAUCAAACUCGCCGCGGAAGUGACCGGAGGGUCCGGGGCAGGCAGUCAAGCGGAUUUCGGGGCGAUGGGCGAUGCUCCCGCAGCCAUGUUCCCCCUGCCCAAACAGCAGAACCUCCCUAAGCGUCCCACCAGCCUGCCUCUCAAUACCAAAAACCCCAGUAGGGAGUCCUCGUUGACACGGUUGAAGUUCGGCAAGCACAAGUCCAACCUGAAGCAGGUGGAGACGGGCGUAGCGAAGAUGAACACGGUCGUGGCUGCGGAGCCACACUUGGUCACCGUCACCAACAACGGACCCAGCGUCCGUAGCGGCGUGGGGGUCGUCGUCGUUAACGGAUACGGAGGGGGCAGUGGCGCAGGCUCCUCUGAGGAAUUUGGGAAUACUAACCCAGCUGGGCCGCAGGGUGACGGUGGAGCCUCUCUGCUUCAGAGUCAGCUGAGCGGUGAAGACAGUCGGCUCAACAUCAACAUUAACUCCAGCCCCGAUGAACACGAACCUCUGCUAAGGAGAGAGCAGCCUGCGGCACGAGACCAUUCCGGCCGCACCAAUUCGAAUAACAACAACAGCAACAUCCGUACAACUGCCUCCGCCACGAUGGGUUGUGAUCGUGCGUUACCUCCUGGAGAUGGGCAGAUGGAGACGUUAGUCUGCCCUACUGCAGCGCCGGACGGACGGGACGGGGUUCCACGGAGACAGCCUAAACCCAGGAGACCCGAGCGGCCAAACUCACUGGAUCUGUCAACCAGCUCCCAGGAUUCUUCUGUUAUGGAUGAGGCCGGGUCACAAGAGGGGAAAGCUGGAUCGGCCGAGAAAAUUAAGAAGCGCGUCAAGACGCCUUAUUCUUUGAAAAGGUGGCGUCCUUCCACAUGGGUCAUCUCUAAUGAAACGAGGGAUGGAGAGGUAAACAACAAUGGGCAAAACCUGCAGACAGCUGGAGGAAAUUCCGGCCAAUCAAAAUCCAGCAUCGCCGUGUUCCUGGUCAGUGGAGGAACUGCGACCUCCACUCGAACCUCUGAUCCGCCUGAUAUGACUUGCCUGUGAAUGUGCAUCUGCGAUGGAGGAUGAACCCAGACUUUUGAAACCGGAGGGUUUAUCUAUGCUUUGCGCUCCAAGAACUGAGCGUGCUAAUGAUGGAAAGAAAUACGUAGAUUGUUUUUGCAAAGGGACGUAACUUUGGCAAGCACUUAACAUUGUGAUAUUGUCAAAUUUCUCCAAGUUGUUUUGAUGAAAUCGCUUUAAACUGAACCCAGCUAUGCAGCAACAUUGGCAUAAAAUGCUUCCAUUGUUUUUCUUGUUCCUUUUACAAUCGAGUAUGAUUGUUUUUACGGUUGCUUGAUAAUUUCUUUUUAUUCGUUGCACUUUUUGUAUGCAAUCUUAAUCACAGUUCAUCGACCGUCUUUAAAGGCUGGUCUCAAAACUGAAACGGAAACGACAAUGUGUUGAUUUUACAAUCAUAGUAGAUCGGAUGAAUUAUAAAAAAAAAAAAACAAGUCGUUUUUAAAAAUCCGAGAAAAGGCAGUGGUCAGGUUUGACUACAUCUAAUACCUUGUAACCCACAGUACAUUCAUGUUUUGUAUUUGUUGUAUUCUGUGUAAUCUGUUUUUUGUAUCAUAUUUUGAAAUGUGCAAUAGACUUUAGCUUUGAGGUGCUCCAUAAGACAAUUUUCAUUUUGCUUUGUAUUUUUGCAGCAUUUAUUUUUAUUUCUCUACAGUAGUUGGAUAUUUCAAACUAAAUGCUGCGCUUAGCGGCAGCGAUCCUGUGUGUCCGUUCGGCCACCCCGACUGCGUUUGAGAAACGUCGUCCGGAUGACAAUCCCAGACCUUGUGGACAAUCCCAUCAGUCUCGAAAACUAUACAACGAAAAGUACUGGAAAUGUAUAAUAAUCGGCGACUUCUCGCAAGCUUCAAUGAGGGGACAGUAGGCUUUUUCUUUAACACUUCAAGACACUCAACAAUCCGGACUGUUUGUUGGAAAUCACGUUCUCUGAUGACACUGAAUCCCUCUUCUGCACGCGCUCAGUGCAGUUACCUCUGAUAUAACAAGAAAGUGUAUUUAAAUGUGUAUGUGUGUUUUCACAAAGCUAGUGUAUAAGGAGACUCCGGCUUAAUGGAGCAGCACGGAUCGCAGUGAGAUUUUCCACUUCCCAUUGCUCUGUGUGUUUCAACUACCAAUAUUCAUUGAGAAAACCCAUACAUAAACCAUCAACACAUUAUGGGGUGGUUUCCCAGACAGAGAUUAGUUUAAGCCAGGACUAGGCCUUAGUUUAAUUAGUUUUAACAAACAUGCCUUACUAAAAACAUUACUUUUUAGUGCAUUUUGAGGCUAAACAAAGGGCACUGAUGUAUUUUAAGAUAUGUCAGUGCAAGUUGUUUUCAGUUUGGACAGCUCUUAGAUUUAUUUUAGUCUUAUUCCCUGUCCGGGAAACCAUCCCUAUAUACUGUAACUACCAAUGAAAGCAUACAGCUUUUUCACUUUGAUUUUAGCCUUUUCAAGAUAAGCUCAAAGACAUGAUAGUACUUUAAGACAUCAUGGUUUUACUUUUGUUAUUAUUUCAUCAUUUUAUUCUUUGUAAAUCUUUAAUUUAUGUAGUGCCCAGGGCCAAUCUUCAAGCUGCUCGUGAAGUUUUAUUAUUCUUAUGAAAUCAAAUCAGUAAAAUGUUUAUAAUCAUGUAAAAUGAUCGGAAUAAGAAUGGCAAUUUCAUCAAAGGCAUACGUUAUGGUGCAUACACUUUUUUUGUGCCGCUUAACAUACAGUCUGCAUUGCAAUACACUGCAUAUGGAUUUUGCAGUUGAUGUGUGCCAGCCAUGAGACGGGCCUCAUAUUUUACCCCACAAUUGCUGCCUUUAAGGCUGGUGGUAUGCGUGUUUGCAGUAUUGUGGAAAACUAUGGAGACGAGCCAUUCGAAUAAUUACAUAGUGAUGAAGAAAAUUCCCUCAUAACCCGAGAUAGCACACGUGUUUAAUGAGAUAAUGCUUACCCUGCAUAUGCCGUAUUGCAUUUCUAUAAUGAGUUUGGGGAUUAACCAUAAUUUGGAACAAGCCAGCAUUAUCUUUGGACUUUGUACACUCCACACAGGGGAACUUUCCGAAGUCAUCUGUUUUUUCCUCCUCAUACUGACUUUUUGUCAGCAAAUACUGUAAGAGUACACAGUGCAGUUCAGUUCUGCACACUUUCACUCGAUGCUUCAGUCUGACUUUGUAUAUGUAUGUAUGUAAUAUAGGCUAACCUCUGUGGUGUAAAUGUACAGUGUCUAUCUAUGAUAGUGCGUUUGCAUGCACGUAUGCAGACUUCUCAUCUGUCGCUUUGGGACCAAGAACAAUGCUAAAUCACUGUGAUAUUUAUCUUAGGAUAUACACAGUAACGUCAGACUGUUCCCAGCUAUAGGUCGACUUUCAGGCCUUUGGAGUCGAAAAAAUAACCCAAUGAAAACUAAAUCUCUAAUGCAAAUUUGAAUUAAACGGAUUUAUGAGUCAGAAAGGAAGGAUAUAGACCAAAGUGUAAAAGCUGGACUGUACUGUCUACGUGGAGAACGAGACUUGAGUGAAGUGUAGUUUGCUCAAGAGGGCUGUAUAUCUGCUACAUACCGAAGUAUGUUUACACCAGAGACAUUGUCCAGUUUUACAACACACUAUUGACUAUCAAAACCACUUAGACAUAGUACUACACAAAAAUAUAUGCGGAUAUAAACCCAACAUGCCUUGUAUGGUUGUUGUUGUUUUUUUGGUCUAUUUUAAACCCAGUUUAAACCUUAAUGCACAAAAAAAAACAGUUAUUAAACUACUCAAGUUUAAGCAUAGUAAAAAAUAAAUACUGACAACACGUCCCAUUCAAACACAAAUUGUAAGUUGUAGUCUGGGGGUGUGUGUGAGAAUGAGUGAAAGAAUGAAGGUAUGUGUCCAUGAGCUGCUGUUUUCUUUAUACUCUUAAGUUCACAUUAAAGCUGAUGGUUCAACGCCUACGAAGAUGGUUGUUUAAAAAAAAAGCCACUGACAUGUUUUUUAUUACAGCUUGUAAAGUAAGCACUUUGAGAACAAGAACAAAUUAUAUCUCAUGCUUUUAGUCUAUUCAGAAAUGUUUUAAAUGCCAUUUAGAAAAUAAAGCUUGCUGUACAACCCUGCAUUACUCAGUUGAUUAAAGAUUAUAUUAAUAAACCUG